AUGUUCUUAACUAACGCCGUCUACUUCAAAGGCUUUUGGAAAUACCCGUUCAAGCCUCAAAGGACCCACAAGGACAAGUUUUUCGUAACCCCGGAAGAGUCUGUCCAAGUGGAUAUGAUGUCGCAAACGAAAAGGUUCAAAUAUGGCUUUUGGAAAUACCCGUUCAAGCCUCAAAGGACCUACAAGGACAAGUUUUUCGUAACCCCGGAAGAAUAUGUCCAAGUGGAUAUGAUGACGCAAACGGGAAGGUUCAAAUAUGUGGACUCGGAGAAGCUUCACGCCCAGGUGCUGGAGAUGCCCUACAGGGCGACGCCGUGUCCAUGGUGGUGCUCCUCCGCGAUAUGGGAGAGCCAAGGAGGUGGACAGGCUGGUCCGACGCCUGAGGCCCAGGAGACUCGUGUCUGUGGUGAAGGCGAUGCCCUCCGUCCCGCUGAUAGUCAAGUUUCCCAAGAUCAGCGUGGAGAGUACUCUCGGGAUGAACAUUUCGGUAUGUUUGAAUUAGGGCAAGACUUUAAGAAUAUGGGAAUCCGUGACCUUUUCUCAUCCGCCGCCGAUCUGACCGACUUCACACAUGUUCGAGGAUUAAUGGUGAAUGGAGCGAUCCACAAGGCCCUUAUAGAGGUGGACGAAGAAGGCGCAGAGGCGGCAGCGGCGACGGUGCUCGCUGUGACUAAGUCUAGUCCAAUGCCUCCAAAGACGACGUUCACGUGCAACCGGCCCUUCGUUUUCUACAUUAAAGAUAACGAGGCGAACAACAUCCUGUUCAUGGGUGUUUAUAGGGGUCUUUGA